AUGUCUAAGCGGACACGGCCUCGAUCGCCGUCAUCAUCACCAUCACCACCCCAGCCCACAGCUGCUGCUACGACCAACGUCGCCGCCGCCGCUGCUGCUGCUGCUGCGGCCGCCUCCUCCUCCCUCCCUGCUACUACUACUAUAGCUGGUGGUAGUGGCCUAGGGGCCUUGGUCGGGCAGUUACAGCAACUGAAUAACACCACAGGGGGGCAGGCGACGUCAGGAGGGGGUGCCAGCGUACAGAUGCUACAAGCACUGCAAGGCCUUAUGCAACACCCGCCACCACCGCAGACCCCUGCACAGCCUCAACCAACCCCUAUGGAGAUCGCCAGGCAGGAGGAUGACUUAUCUGAGCUGGACAACCUCGAUGUGGGAGCUCUGAUCGAUCGGCUGUUGAAGGUCUUUGAAGGACAGGGAGCAGCCAAGUCAAUGGUACUGUGUUUCCUGCAACUAUGUCGGCUAUCGAACCAUCCAGCCGCUAGUUGGCUGUUUGAGGAGGCUGAGAGGUUGAGAGAGGCAGAGAUGAAGAGGCUAAAGGAAACAGAGGAAAAGGAAGCGUUCGCAGCAGUAAGCGCCGCAGCGCGCGCUACGGCUGACGUAGUCGGCCCCCCGGGGCCACCGAUCUGUCUCGAUCGUGCGGCGACUAUGGCGUUCUUGACUGCUGUUCUUCCCACCCUACCGAGCAACGUUUAUGCUGUCUUGAGCUCGGGGGUAUAUCAAGGUCUUGAGGCCGGUAUAGUAAACAGUAACUUUGAUGAGGGGAUGAGGAGGGUCCUUCAAAACUACGCCAUGGCCACUUCAGU